AUGGCAACACCACCGUUAACACCAAGGAUGCUAACACCAACAACACAAUCACCUCUCGGUAGUCCACGCUCCAAAAAAUCAACCGCCACCGUAAUGCCAGAGAUAACCUUAGAACAACCGUCAAGCAAAAACAAAACCCCCGGCUCCAAAUCAACAAAACUCUUCCGCCGCGUCCGCUCCGCGUUCCGAUCCCUCCCGAUCAUGUCCCCGAUGUGCAAACUCCCCAUGGGAGGCGCGCGUCUCCACGAGAACCACGUCCACGGAGGGACACGCGUCACGGGGACACUGUUCGGGUACAGGAAAACGCGGGUUAACCUGGCUGUCCAGGAGAACCCGCGUUCUCUCCCGAUACUCCUGCUGGAGCUUGCCAUCCCCACGGGGAAGCUUUUGCAAGAUCUUGGGGUUGGACUUGUGAGGAUCGCGCUCGAGUGCGAGAAGAAACCGAGUGAGAAGACCAAGAUUGUUGACGAGCCGAUAUGGGCGUUGUAUUGUAACGGGAAGAAGUCGGGUUACGGGGUUAAGAGAGAGGCCACGGAGGAGGAUCUGGUCGUGAUGCAGAUGCUUCAUGCGGUUUCGAUGGGAGCUGGUGUGUUGCCGGUGACAAGCGGAGGAGGAGGAGGAGGAGGAGGAGGAGGAGGGCAAGAAGGAGAUUUGACUUAUAUGAGAGCGCAUUUUGAGAGAGUGAUUGGGUCGAGAGACUCGGAGACUUAUUACAUGAUGAACCCUGAUGGUAACAGUGGUCCUGAGCUCAGUAUCUUUUUCGUUCGGGUUUAA